AUGCAUAUUUAAAAAAAGGCUCACUCAUCAUUAAAUCUAGCUAAGAAUGAUUCCUUUGAUACUCCUGAAAAGAAAGUUCAUCAUAUUCAUUCUAAUAAUGAAGAAAAAACAUAGUAAUAAACUAUAUAAUUGGAUGUCACAAAUUAUAAUCAUCCUCCUAAUUUAUCAAAAUUGAUUCCUGUGUCUUAAAUCUAUGGUGCUUAUAAACGAUUGAUGAAAGUAGUAACCAGAACACCAACAUAAAAAUCAAUUAAACUCUCUGAAUAUUUUGGAGCAAAUGUUUAUAUAAAAAGAGUAUGAAAAUAAUUAACUUUAGGAAGAUUUAUAAAUUGUAAGAAGCUAUAAAUUAAGAGGAGCUUAUAAUAAGAUAAUUUCAAUUCCUGAAAAUGAGAGACAUAGAACAGUGUUUUGUGCUAGUGCAGGUAAUCAUGCACAAGGUGUAGCUUAUGUUUGUAAUCUAAUGAAAAUUAAUUGCAUAAUAUACAUGCCUACUAAUACUCCAAGUAUUAAGUUUAAUGCUGUCAAGUAAUUAAAAUUUAAAAAUUUGAAGAUCUUGGGGAAAAUAAUAUGCCCAAAUUGAAUUAGUGGGGGAUACAUUUGAUGAGAGUUUUCGAGCAAGUAGAGAUAAAUGCAGUGCUGAAAAUGGGAUUUAUGUUCAUGCAUUUGAUGAUGAAAAGAUUAUAGAAGGAUAAGGAACAAUAGCAGUUGAGAUUUUGGAAGAUAUUAAUGAAGAUUAAGUAGAUUUUAUGUUCUUUCCAGUAGGAGGAGGAGGAUGUGGAGCUGGAAUAUCCUCAUAUUUUAAAUAAGUCAGUCCUUAGACUAUUUUGAUUGGUGUUGAACCUGAAGGGUAUUUAUUUAGGUUUAUAUGCAUUUAGAUCUCCUUCAAUGUAUGAAGCUAUUAAGUAAUAGUAAGUAGUUGAGUUGGAAAGUAUAAACACAUUUGUUGAUGGUGCAGCAAUCAAAAAGUCUGGUGCAAAACCAUUCGAAAUAUUGAAUUCUGUAUUAAAAGAAGUGGUUUUGAUACCAGAAGGUCAUGUGUGUACUACAAUGAUGAAGUUGUUUAAUGAGGAAGGCAUUUUAGUUGAACCAGCAGGUGCCUUAGCAAUUAGUGCUCUUGAUAAAUUCAAAGAAUAAAUUAAAGGUAAAACAGUAGUUUGCUUGAUUUCUGGAAGUAAUAACGAUUUAGGAAGAAUGACAGAUAUUAGAAUGUUGUCAGAGAUUCAUUAAGGAUUGUAAUAUUAUAUGUUUGUCAACUUUUUCUAAAAGCCAGGAGCAUUAAAAUAAUUUUUAAUUCAGUGUUUGGGUAUUAUAUAUAAAAUAUUAUUAAGGUCCUACUGAUGAAAUCACCAAUUUGGAAUAUACAAGAAAAAACAAUAGAGAAAAGGGACCUGCUUUGGUUGGUGUUAAGGUGAGAAAACCUUAAGAUUUUGAAGCCAUGAAGAAUAAGAUGGAAGAAUUAAAGAUUACUCAUAGAAUAUUAUAGCCAAAUUAAGAGAUAUUCAAAAUGCUAUUAUGAU